AGUCCAUGUCUGCCUAAUCCUCUGGCAACUUCUUUGGUAUCUUUCAGCUGUAUCUCCUCAAGACACCCAGGAUUUGAUGCCAAAGAAACCAAGGGUAGAAGAUUUGUUCCCAAAAGCAAACCUAGGAAUAUAUGAAAGAUUUCACCUCAGAAACUUGCAAUUAAUGAAAGACUCAGAACAUACAAGGGCGUGUGAAAGACAGAGAGGAUGUUUACAUGGACAUAAAGAAAUUGAGACAGUUACACAUAAUGCAGACAUUACUAUAGAACGAAAUGAGCUACUUGAGUCAAAUUGGGGGAAACACUCAUUUCAGUCUUCAACAUCUGCCGAGAAGUGUAUGUUUUUCAGAAAAAAUUUACAUCGUUUUUUGAAACAUACUUGUUCUCUGAAAGGAAAUGUGGAAAAUCUGGGAAGUCCUCCAGUCUCUACUGUACAUACUCCUUCAAACCACUCUGAGCAUAGGCUUCGAUUCAACAUAUAUUUAAACAUGUCUGAAAACCAGAAAUCUAAAAAUGAUGGGGAAAACUCACAAUAUAAUCAAUUUGAGGGAUCUGUGAUUAGGAAGUCAUUAUUCUUCCAUCAACAGAUAUUUUCUCUCCAUUCCAAGAUGUAUAAUGUUGAUGAUAAUGGAAGAGAUGUAAUCCAACCAGCAUUGUUCAAUACAUCGCAUGAUAUGGUUAAUAGGGAAGUACAUUCCAUGUGUAACAAAAUGAGUCAGACCUUAAGUAAGACCUCCAGCUCCAAUAAUUACACAAUUAUUUAUGAUGGAGUGAAGGUCUAUUCAUGCAAUGAACCUGGGCAUAACUUUGAACAAGACUCAAACUUUAUGGAACAUCAGGGAGCUCAAUCUUCACACAAGGAUUCUAAAAGUAGUAAAUGUAAGAAUAUCUUUUAUCAAGCAUCAGAUCUUUCUCUAAAUAAGAGUAUUCAUAGUGGAGAGAAAACUUACAAUUGUAGUGAAUAUGGUAAAGUUUCUAAUCAGUCUUCAAAUCUGAUUAAGCAGCAGAGAAUUCAGAAUCCACGGAAACAUUACAAGUGUAAUAAAUGUGGGAAAGUCUUCAGUACCUCAUCUAAUAUAAGUAAACACAGGAAAACAUGUUCAGGAAGGAAACCUUUGAAGUGUACAGUAUGUGCCAAAGCCUUUAAUCAGAGUUCAAAUCUUAGUCAACAUCGGCAAAUCCAUACUGGCAGGAAACCUUAUAAAUGUAGCGAAUGUGGCAAAGUGUUUAUUUAUUUCUCAAAUCUUAGUCACCGUCAGCAAAUUCACACUGGGGAGAAACCUUAUAAAUGUGCAAAGUGUGGCAAAGCCUUUAAUCAGAACUCAAGUCUUACUCGACACAAGCAGCAAAUUCAUACUGGAGAGAAACCUUAUAAAUGUAAGGAUUGUGGCAAAGCCUUUAGCCGGCGCUAUGGUCUUACUCAACACCAGCGAAUUCAUACUGGAGAGAGACCUUAUAAAUGUAAGGAUUGUGGCAAAGCCUUUAGCCAGCGCUUUGGCUUUACUCAACAUCAGUUAAUUCAUACUGGAGAGAAACUUUAUAAAUGUAAAGAAUGUGGAAAAGCCUUUAGUCAAUCCUCAACUCUUACUAAACACCAGAUAAUUCAUACUGGAGAGAAACCUUAUAAAUGUAAAGAAUGUGGAAAAGCAUUUAAUAAAAACACAACCCUUACCAAACACCAGCGAAUUCAUACUGGAGAGAAACCUGAUAAAUGUAAAGAAUGUGGAAAAGCCUUUAGUCAAUCCUCAACUCUUACUAAACACCAGCGAAUUCAUACUGGAGUGAAACCUUAUAAACGUAAGGAUUGUGGCAAAGCCUUUAGCCAGCGCUAUGGCUUUACACAACAUCAGUUAAUUCAUACAGGAGAGAAACCUUAUAAAUGUAAAGAAUGUGGAAAAGCCUUUAGUCAAUCCUCAACUCUUACUAAACACCAGCGAAUUCAUACUGGAGAGAAACCUUAUAAAUGUAAAGAAUGUGGAAAAGCCUUUAGGCAUAACAGUCAUCUCACUAGGCAUCUCAGUGCACAUACUGGAGAGAAACCCUCAUAA